AUGGGGCAGACAGAUAUAGCCCUCAUACAAGAAUCUUGGAUCCACAAUGAACAUGUAGGAGGGCUAAACACGGGGUGCGGCUCACUCUACUAUGACGCCACAUCCACAAGGCCCAGGGCCUGUAUCUUCGUCAAGAAGGAGAUAGCGGCCCUGAAACUUAACGAAUUCUGUACAGCUGAUCAUUCAGCGGUUAAGGUUAAACUUAACCUCGGUGGGAAUACGUCAGAGCUGGUGGUAUGCUCGGCGUACCUGCCGUACGACUCUGAGGACCCUCCACCUACGAGGGAACUCAGGGCACUGGUGGAUCACUGUGCUGUCAAUGGUCUGCACCUGGUGAUCGGCUGCGAUGCCAACUCGCACCACACCGUAUGGGGCAGUACAAAUACCAACGGUAGAGGCACAGCACUGUUGGAGUACCUCGUCACCACGGGCUUGGAGAUCCUUAACAUAGGCUCCUCCCCCACCUUUGUUACCUCCCGCAGACAGGAGGUGAUUGAUCUGACCCUGGGCUCCGCCAAGGUGGCACAGGUCAUCAAACACUGGCAGGUACGGGACGAGAGCACACUCUCGGACCACCGUCUUAUCACUUUUAAACUAACAGGCGACAGGGAGGGCGGCACUGGCGAGGCUUACAGGAACCCAAAGGCCACCAACUGGGCACUCUAUAGAGAGGGCCUGGAAGGAAGGCUGAAGGGGUACUGUCAGCGUCCCAGGACGAAAUUGAGCAAGCGGUAG